CUCCGCCAGUAAACUAGUGAAGUGAAUAGAAGAGAAGUGAGGAGAACGGAUUAGUUGAAUAGUCUGCUUCAUUGUCUUAGCUUUCUGCUGUGUUGUGAUUGUAGAUUUCGAAAUGUGAUUGUGUUAAAAAUCUUGCAAUUAUUUGUUUAUAUGCAAGUUCUGCAGUGUAUAAGUCCACAUUUGUUUGUAUAUGUAGCGUAGAUAAACUGAAUCUUAAUGUCAAUCGGCACCGAAGAAAACGUGAUUAUUGUUGUUUGGAUUUAACUUCAGGGUUGAAUUCUACCAAUUCCCACACAACUUGAAUCAGAUAGAGUGAAGGGGGUUGAGACCCCCCUCGACAGUGUAACAUCAUUUGUUCAUUUCCCACACCAUGGAGGGAGAAGACGCUAGCGGUAAACGACAAGCAACGAGGGUAUUCAAGAAAAGCUCACCUAAUGGAAAGAUAACCGUUUAUUUAGGGAAAAGAGACUUCGUAGACCACAUAAGCAAUGUGGAUCCAAUUGAUGGAGUGGUCCUGAUAGACCCAGACUAUGUGAAGGAGAGGAAGGUGUUCGGCCAUGUGUUGGCUGCGUUCCGCUACGGCCGCGAGGACUUGGAUGUUCUUGGACUGACGUUCAGAAAGGACUUGUACUUGGCCGCCGAGCAGAUCUUUCCUCAGGACACCACCACCUCUAAGAGGCCACUCACUAGACUACAGGAACGACUGAUGAAGAAGCUAGGGCCUAACGCUUACCCGUUCUACUUUGAGCUGCCUCCUCACUGUCCGGCCUCCGUGACGCUACAACCGGCCCCCGGAGACACGGGUAAACCUUGCGGAGUGGACUACGAACUGAAGGCAUUUGUCGGCGAAACCCAGGACGACAAGCCACAUAAAAGGAAUUCAGUGAGAUUAGCAAUAAGAAAAAUAAUGUACGCUCCGAGCAAACAAGGGGAACAACCUUCUGUGGAGGUUAGCAAGGAGUUCAUGAUGAGUCCAAACAAACUACAUCUUGAGGCUUCAUUAGACAAAGAAUUGUACCAUCAUGGCGAGAGUAUUGCAGUGAACGUUCAUAUAGCAAACAAUUCCAAUAGAACGGUGAAGAAGAUCAAAGUUUCAGUUCGCCAGUUUGCAGACAUCUGCUUGUUCUCGACAGCUCAGUACAAGUGUACAGUAGCAGAAGCGGAGAGCGAAGCAGGGUGUCCGGUAGGACCGGGUUUCACUUUGUCUAAGGUUUACACAGUGACGCCAACAUUGCAGAGCAACAAAGACAAGCGAGGGUUGGCACUGGACGGCCAGCUCAAACACGAGGAUACCAACCUCGCGUCGUCGACAAUAGAGGGUUGCCCUAUUGGUCCGGGAUUCACUUUAUCUAAGGUAUUCACACUAACUCCUCUACUGGCCAAUAACAAAGACAAGUGGGGCUUGGCGUUGGACGGUCAACUCAAACACGAGGACACCAACUUGGCGUCGAGCACGUUAGUGGCAGAUCCAUCUCAGAAGGAAAACCUAGGCAUUAUUGUUCAGUAUAAAGUGAAAGUAAAACUUUGCCUUGGCCCGCUGGGAGGGGACCUUGUGGCUGAGUUGCCGUUUAUCUUGAUGCAUCCCAAGCCAGAAGACGAGCCUUCGCUGCCUCCCACGGGGAGAGGUUCUCCCUCCAAGGCUUCCGGGGACAAUGUUCCAGUUGACACCAACCUUAUUCAGCUGGACACAGAUGCGAGCGCUGGAGACGGUGAUGAUGAUAUUAUCUUCGAGGACUUUGCACGGCUCCGUCUCAAGGCUGGGGAAAGUGACGCCUGAGGGAGUGCGGUGGGACUACGUGUCCUACGCACUCACAUCUACGUCACCUGCGAAUAGCCAGAGUAUUAGUAAAGAAAUAUUUAAUGUACAAUUUAUAGCUUGUAUUCUAAUUUAUACUCGAUUGAACGUUUUAAGAGAGAGCAUAAUUUAUAUAUAUAUAUAUUUCAGGGUAAGAUGUAUACUACGAGUCGUGUACCAACUAUUCCACUGAGGUUUUUUUGAUUAUCGUAACUACUUCGUGUUGUGUUUUUCGAGAGACGGUGCUUGUGAUAUAUUUUGUACUACGGUCUUGAUUGUAUUUUUUUUCUUCCAUCUGUUUUAUAGAUCCGCUGAGCGGUUUUUUAUGCAUUUUAUAAAUAGUUCCUCAUUUUGAGGCUGGGUUUGAAACCCACCAAGCAGAAAUCUUGUUGGCACAAAUGAGAAAGAGGUGCAAAAUGUAUAUUUUAUUUGUAUCAGGUGCAGGUCAACUUCCGAAUUUUUUAUACUCAAAAUAUGGAUGACUACUUAACUGAUGAAAAGUGCGGUUUUGUGUAGCUUUGACCCUUGUGUCAUUCCUGUCCUUGUUUUAUGGAUUUAUUCCUCUACUAAAGGUAUGUUUCCCUUGCUAAUUGAGUCAAGGACAUGAGCUGAGUGUAAAUCAGUUAAAGGCCUGUCCAAGACACAUAUCCCAAAUGUUCCAGGGAUCUUGUAUAAAAGGAAACAUACCUAAGUUAUCAUUUUUGAUAUUCUUAAAUAUGCAUUUGUAUAUCUCAAAAAAGCCUGAAACGUCCAGUUAGUCUAAUCCUAUCCCUAUGAAAAUAUUCAUUUUGAUCUGUAUUCAUUUUACAAUUUAUAUACUCAAGUCGACAAAGAUGAAUGAAUGUAUAACAUAAAAAAUAGAAUCGUCUUUUAAUUUUUGCUUGAAAUUUGUUAAGUUUUAUUUUGUUGUAAAAAAUGGCUAUUGUAUCUGUAUAAGAAUAUUCGUCUAUAUGAAUUGAAUUACUGAAUGUAAAUAUAAGUGUAAAGCUGAAUAUAAAAUUAAUCUAAUGAAAAUAAUAAUUUUUGUAAGACUUUGUACACAGUGUUUGUAAAUUUAUUCUGUCAUGUUAUCAGAUUAGUAUUUCUCUGUGCUUUGAAUCAACCAUAGUUUUUCACUGCUUCUCUGUUUGUACCAUCCAUGAACUGAAAUGUAAGCUCCCAAAUGAUAUGGUCUUCGUGUCUCACAACUUUAACCUUGAUGAAAUAAAAUUAGCUAAGUAUCGAACAUUCACUUUAAAACAGUUCAUGAAUGUUUAUUGGAUUGUGCCAAGUAAUAAAAUUCCUUUUUGGCUGCAACACUGAGCUAGAAAAGAACACUUUUGACUGACUAAACAUGAUAGAUGUUAUGGUACGAACAGUGUGAAGUAACUUAAAUAUUUUAUGUUUGCUAUCUCAAAAAUGUACAAGAGUUCAAAUUAUACCCCAUCCUUUAGGUCUACUGUCAACUCAAAAAUAUAUUAAAGUUAUAACCUUGAAAUUGAAUUUGGUCGAAUUUUAUUGCCAGUAGACUAAAACGCAAAAUUGUGGAUGACAAUUUUGUUUGUCAUAAUCCACUAUCUCAGGGCCAUUUUAUGCUAAUGUUUUCUUGUGUAAAAACAUUUUGGUCAUCAGAGUCAAUAUUGAAAUCCAUGCAUGUAUAUUCGUGCUCUAUUUAUGCACAAUAAAAAAAACCUUUCAUUGCAUUUGAAAUUUAGGAAAUUUAGUAAAAUUACAAUGUUAUGUAUGCCCUACUCAUUUUGAGAUAGCAAUUCAAUACGUUAUACUUUCUAUCUACAUUUACUGUUUUUAUUUAAUGUUUGUAUAACUAACGUCAGUGUGCUCAAUACCGUAUUGCACUUUUCUAGUUGUUAUGCCAAAGCGUUCUGUUCAUUCUACAACUAAUCAUUCCAGUGUCAGUUUUCCAUUCACGUUUUUGUGAAAUUUUGUUUAAAAGUAACUUUUUUUCAGCAUUUCAAAAGGUAUUAUUUAGUAAAUGUUUUGUCGGACCGCUACUUUGCUAUAUGGUUUAGUGUGUCAAAAGCUUAAUUUAUGUAUCGUGAUGUAAUUUACAAGAUUUAUUAUCGUUUCACUUAUUUAAAUAUUAAGGCACAAAUAUUGUACCCAUUCUCAGGUUAUAUCUGUUUCAAAGGACAAAGGAAGCCUGACAUCUAAAGAAUUGACAGUACAAAUUAGAAUAGAACAGAAGAAACAGAAAUGCGAAGAACUGCGUACACCACUAUAAAUGUUAUUGUGUAUUGUCUUUAUUGUUGUUGGCAACGAUGUCCAAUAAAUCAGAUGUGACCAUCCUC